GGCGCUGCGGAGGCCGCCGGCUCCAAGGACGCCGCCGGCUCCAGGGAGCCCGCAGGGGCAGGGACGGCGCUCCCCGCCGCACCAGGGACUGCGAGGAGCGGCUGCUCUGACACCCCCGGAUGUUUACGUGAAACUCCCGACAGGGCUUGAGCGGCAUCACCCGGAGAAUCACCAUGCCUUGGAACUGGCGUGCUGCCGUGGGAAGAGAGUGACUGCGUCAUGCCUGCCUCUAGCAUUUCAUUUCUGCCGCAUCCAGCUUUAGCAGAGUGGGAAUUCCUUCCAUUCGCUGUCCACUAUUAAAAACAUGGUGCUCCAGCCAUCGUUAAAGAAUUGCCUUCGGCUGUCCUGCGCCCUCAGGACUCCAAAAGCUGGCUUCAAGAGCACAGCUCGUGGAGCCCUCAUUAUCCAGUCUGUUUCUAAUGACGUUUACCAAAAUCUAGCUGUUGAAGACUGGAUCCACGACCACAUGGAUUUAGAGAAGCGACAGGUCCUUUUCCUUUGGAGAAAUUCCCCUGCUGUGGUAAUAGGGAGACAUCAGAAUCCCUGGCAGGAAUGCAACCUCAGGCUAUUGAGGCAAAAAAAUAUAAAACUAGCCAGAAGAAGAAGUGGAGGAGGCACAGUUUACCAUGACCUAGGUAAUAUCAAUUUGACUUUCUUCACAACCAGAAAAAAAUACGAGCGAAUGGAAAACCUGAAACUGGUUGUGAAGGCACUGAAAGCCUUGCGCCCCCAGCUAGACAUACAUGUCACUGACAGAUAUGACAUCUUGCUGGAUAGGCACUACAAAAUCUCAGGUACCGCUGCAAAGCUGGGAGGGACAAGUGCUUACCACCACUGUACCUUACUCUGUAAUGCAGAUAAGUUUGUUUUAUCUUCUGUGCUAAAAAGUCCUUAUAAAGGGCUAAAGAGCAAUGCCACUCCUAGUGUGCCUGCCUCGGUGAAAAAUCUCUUUGAAGAGGAUCCUACUUUAACUUCUGAGAUGCUCCUGGAUGCCAUUGCUAAGGAAUAUUCUACACAGCACCAAAUAGAUCAUCAUAUCACCUUAAUAAACCCAGCUGAUGAGACUCUGCUUCCUGGAAUUAAUAAUAAAACUAAAGAACUACAAACCUGGGAGUGGGUGUACGGAAAGACACCAAAGUUCAGCAUUAGCACUUGUCUUAACAUGGCCUAUAAAGAUUCUGUUCUUGACGUUAAAGUAAAUAUGGAUGUAAAGCAUGGAAGGAUUGAAGUCUGUAACAUCGACCUGCCGGAGCAGUGGCUGCCACCAGCACUGUACAGUGAACUGGUCAAGAGCCUUACUGGCAGUAAGUUUUGCCCAAAUGAAACCACAACGAUAGCAACAACAUUGCUAAGAGUAUGUCCACAAGAUGAUGAGUUGCACAGCAGGUGGAAUCUACUAUGUGAGAAUAUGAUAAUGCUAAUGUGACUUGCAUUUCGAAAAUUUAAGUUAAACUUCUGUUGCUUUUUUAUUUAAUGCAUUGAAAACAAAAUUAAAACAAUUUCUACAAGCUGAA